AUGUCCAAUAAUCUACAGAGGGUCUUCCUGAAACCCGCAGAGGAAAAUUCAGGCAACGCCUCGCAUUGUGUUUCAGGCUGCAUAUACCAAGUAGUUCAGACGAUUGGCUCGGAUGGAAAAAAUCUUCUGCAAUUACUUCCAAUUCCUAAUACCUCUGGAAAUCUUAUACCGCUAGUUCAAUCUUCAGUCAUGUCUGAUGCUUUGAAAGGCAAUACAGGAAGCCCAGUUCAUGUUACUUUUCAGACUCAGAUUUCCAGCUCUUCCACAAGUGCAUCAGUUCAGUUGCCUGUUUUUCAGCCAGCCAGUUCUACGAACUAUUUUCUUACGAGAACAGUAGAUACAUCAGAAAAAGUUAGAGUUGCUUCUGUGGGAACUGAAAAUUUUACCUCAUCAGUUUCUAAACUUCAGAGUCAUGGUGUGAAAAUUGAUGGACUCACCAUGCAAACAUUUGCUGUUCCUCCCUCAACACAAAAUGAUUCAUCUUAUAUUUUAGUAAAUACUCAGAGUCUUCCGAUGACUGUGAAGUCUCCAGUUUUGCCUUCUGGGCAUCAUUUACAGAUUCCAGCCCAUGCUGAAGUGAAAUCUGUACCAGCAUCAUCGUUGCCUCCUUCAGUUCAGCAAAAGAUACUUGCAACUGCAGCCACAAGUACCUCAGGAACAGUUGAGACCUCCAAAAUACCAACUGUUAUUUAUGUAUCUCCUGUAAAAACAGUGAAAAAUGUAGUUACCAAGAACUUUCAAAACAUUUAUCCAAAACCUGUUACAGAAAUAACAAAUCCAGUGAUACUAAAUACCACACAAAUUCCAGUGAAUGUUGCUACAGAGACACAAUUAAAAAGUGGUCAGCAUUCUCAAGCUCCUUCAGUGAAAUGGAUUUUUCAGGAAACCCUCCAGCCUUGCACUCCAUCACUUGUUCCUGUUAAGUCUUCAAAUAACGUGGCUUCAAAGAUUUUAAAAACCUUUGUAGAUAGGAAAAGUUUGGGAGACAACACUGUAAAUAUGCCACCACUGAGUACCGUCAGCCCUAGUGGGAUACAAUCCAAAAGUAUACCUAUUAAAGAUAAUGCUUUGGUUAUGUUUAAUGGGAAAGUCUAUCUGUUGGCUAAAAAGGGGUCAGAUGUUUUGCCAUCACAAAUUGACCAACAGUAUUCUGUUUCUUCUGAUAUUCCACCAAGAAAAGACACAUCAAAGAUAGUGAGUUCAAGUCCAGUCAGAGACAUAUCCAGAGAGGUUGUAAAUAUUGUCUUGGCAAAAAGUAAAUCUUCCCAGAUGGAGACAAAAUUACUUCCAAAUAUCCAACUUGCUUCCAUGGCCAGACUAAGCACAGAGAAGAAUAAAAAGGUGGCGCAACCAUCUCUUCCUACCCCAUACCCACAUAAUAUGAACCAAUCCAUUAACUACUUAAAACCAAGUAAGACUUUAUUCACAAAGACAGUCUUUGCAGAUGGAUUUAGUACAGGACAAAAUACCCCCAGGAAAGGAAAUAUCAUCCAGAGCAUAGAGAAAAUAAGUUCCUCUAUUGCUGCAACAACUGUUACUUCACAACAGGGUGUUUUCAGAGACCAAGAACCAAAGAUUCAGAAUGAAAUGGCAUCAAAAUUAGAAAAAGAUACUCAAGAAAGAAAUGAUAUGAAAGAUACUCAAGAAAGGAGUAAUAAGGCAUUAUGUCUGAAGAAUGAUGCUGAAUUUAAAAAGACAUUUGGCCUCACAAAAGAUUUGAGAGUGUGCCUUACUCGAAUUCCUGACCAUUUGGGCUCUGGAGAAGGUUUUGAUACAUUUAGCAGUUUGGUGAAGGGUGAUACUUAUAAAAAGACAGAGUUUUUGGUGAAGGAGGAAGAGAGAAAACAGGGUUUUGAUAGAAAAAGAAAAGCAAAAACCAUUAAGAAGAUGGACUAUUCAAAGAAGAGAAAAAACGAGAGUGCUUGUAACUCAGCUGUAAAUGGGGAAACUAACAUUGCCAGUUCCCAACUCCUUAGCAGUAUUUUACCAUCUUCAAAGGUAUCACACCAUAACAGUCUCACAAGCCUCAACAAAACCAGAGAAGGAAAGAUAACUGAGGAAGAACUCUAUAUUCAUGACUACCAGAAGGAUGGCACAAUGAGUUCAAAUCCAACUUCUGAACAAAGUCAUUCUUUCAGUAAAAAUUAUACUGAAGAUGUUUUCCCCAUGACACCACCAGAGUUAGAAGAAACCAUUCGUGAUGAAAAAAUAAGAAGACUUAAGCAGGUACUGAGAGAGAAGGAAGCAGCUCUUGAAGAAAUACGUAAGAAGAUGCACCAAAAAUAA